GCAGCUGGCUUAAAUUCACAGCUGCAUCGCUGCAGCUCUCAAGAAUAGCGUCAUAUUUUAUCUGUUUUAGUUUGCGCUUAUCAAAAUGUCGCCACAAAAAAAAUUAAAAAAGAUGGUCAUUAAAAUACCACGCCAUCCAUUUAUCAUGGCCCAUGGUGAUUUCAACUAUCAAGAACGUGCGCAGAUACGCAAGUGUCGCGUUAAUUUGGAACGCAUCAAAGGACAAGCAGGAGCUGCAGCCGGACAUCCGUUUCCUUUGAAACCCAAGCAGAAACGUUGCUGUGUACGUGUGGCACGAUUGCCGGAUGUGGAACGAAGCGAGACAUCUAUGACGCCAGCCAGCUCCAUAGUAUGCUCGGAUUUUGAUGAUUCUUCUACUGAAUAGAUACGAAUCGAAUUAAAGACUAGACAGGUGGUAAUUUCCGACUGGGACCUCACACUCACAUUUUGUAGCUUGUAAAUUUAA